GGCAUGCAGCGGCUGUUGCGGCGGCUUCUUCCCGCUGUUUACUCGGCGCGGCCGGCAGCGGCCUGUGCCCUGCGAGCCCGGGAAGCUGUGCCCGCGCUGUCGCGCUUCAUGGCGCUGCGGCCCGCGGCGGGAGGCGAUGGCUCCGUGGAUCUCACUUGCGCAGCCGGCGCGACCCCGGAGUGCGAUGAGCUGGAAAAUGUACAGCAGAAGAAAACCUUUAAAAAGAGUGAGAAAGAGGCACAGGAGAGGAAGCAGCCCUGCCCUGCUGAGCUGGUGCAGUCUCUGAUGGCAGAAAUGCCCUUUGUGGACACUGACAUGGAGGAUGAAUUUGUUGUUCAUGCAAGCUCUGAAGUAAAUACGAAAAAGAGAAAAAAGAGGACUACUGGAAAAGAAACUGAAGAAGGUGGUGAGAGAAUGAGGAAAAAGACAAAACAGUACCAGCCAAAUUACUUCAUUUCUCUUCCAAUUACUAACCCGGAGAUCACUGACAGGAUCCAGGCUGUGCAAGAUGCAAUAAUCCAAAAGGAUCAAAGGCUUUCCAAAGCCAUGGUUCGUGCUGGUUCCUUCCACGUCACCAUGCUGGUGAUGCACUUAGCCAGUGAAGAAGAAAUUAACAUAGCAGUUGGUGCUCUUUCAGACAGCAAGGAUGUUGUAGAAGAUCUCCUGAAGGGAAAACCCCUGGAUUUGUCUUUUGAAGGAAUUGAUCACUUCAGUAAUGCAGUUGGAUUUGUGAAGCUGGCAGACAAUGAUCAUACAGCUAUGCUGAAGGAAAUAGCAGAGACUAUGAAGAAGAUAUUUCAAGAAAAGGGCAUCUUGGCUGGAGAAGAAAGAGCUUUUAACCCACAUCUGACCUUCAUGAAGCUGUCCAAAUCACCACAGCUGCAGAAGCAGGUGAGAAAGAUUGACCCCAGGCUGUAUGAGGAUUUUAAAAGCCUUUCCUUUGGAGAGGAAGUUCUGCACCGCCUGGAUCUUUGCUCUAUGCUUAAAAAAAAGCAACCCAAUGGUUACUACUACUGUGAGUCCUCUAUAGUACUGGGUGAGAAGCAUGCGGCAGAGCCGGACGAGGCGGAGCUGCUGAGCCUCAGCAAGCGGCUGGUGGAAAGCGCAGUGCUGAAGGCUGUGCAGCAGUACUUAGAGGAAACUCAAAGCAAGAGCAGGCAGCCUGACGGCAGCCCUGUGAGGGGCGAAGAGGCAGCGAGCGGCGCCAGGACUGAGGAGGGCACCGACGGCAGCAAGUGA